AUGUGGUGAGUAAUAGCACAUUCCAGUGCUGUUCGGUAAUUCUUGUACUUCAGGAAUCAUGCUGGCCGUUCUGGCAGUGUGCGAUUCUUUGUGUUUAUUGAACGAAUUUCAAUCAUUUAUCAGGUUGACUCUGAAAAUGGAGGGAACAACACUCAGGUUUCCCGGUUUAUUGCCAACCCGCCCGACUAAGCAAACGCGCUCCGUGCAACCAGCACUUUGCUUUUUUCAUAUUCGUAUAAAAUUUGGAAACUAAAAUGAGAAAAAGCAAAGUAAUGAGUGCAGCGGAGCGUGUAUGGUUAGCUAAGCUUAUUAUAGGGGCACCGGACAGAAAGGGCGCGCUGUUCGCAAUCUGGCCGAAUUUCUAGGCCGCAAAGUAAUUUUCCACUGAAAAUGUGGCCUAACUUUUCAAACUCGGCCCCGAGGUCGCUCAAUUUGCACUGCAAAAAGAGUUUCUCAACAGAGCGCCAUUUCUGUGCAUUGCCCCUAUAAUGGCUAUGUAAGAUUACUUCAUUUGUUUGUUUUUCCAGAAGAUGCUUUUGGGCCAACUCUUCAUACGUUUUUAUCGAGCCUUUUGAGGUUUACAUGAUUUUCGCAUUGGCUGUCGAUAGGCUUAUUGCAUUGAACUUUGUCGUUUUGUAUCGGACAAUUAACAAACGAAAAUAUAUUUUUUCACUGAUUUCACCUGGAGUUAUAAUUGGGUUCAUUUUUCUGGUAAGGGCAUGAAUUUUAAAAUCUUGUUUUAGUACACAUAUUCCUUCCAGAUUGCAAGUUUUUUAAAGAUUGAUGAUUCGGAAGUGGAACCUUGUAUUUUGCCGAAUGCCAUGCCAGAAUCUGUCAGAAAUUCAGUAACAUAGCCGAGAUAUGAACAAUUUUUAGAUAUCUUAUGCUUGGAACCAAUACAAUCUUUGGGGAGCCAUUUUCACAUUGCUCGUGUACCUUUACACUUAUAUGGUUGUAUAUUGUUGCAGUGAGUUGUUCUUUCGCUAACUUAAUUACAGAUUUUCGCUAUUUCAGCUUUCAAAAACAAAAACGAAAAAAACAUGUUAAUUCAAAAAAAAAUACUGAAUACGGUAAUUGUUGGGGCGGCAGUCUUUUCGGUAUCUUCUGUUCUUUCGGCCGCCCUUAUUGCAAUAACGAGUAACAUGACUGACCCGUUUUUGAACCCGGACACUGUCUCAACCUAUGCAGUCAUUCCAGGUUAAGUACAAAACAUAACCACUUCUCUAAUAAUAAAUUUUCCAGGACUGAUAUCAUAUUCGUGUAACUUUUACAUAUAUUAUUGGCGCAGUGGCGACUACCGGAACGCUUUUAUCAAGCAGCUGUGCUGCGGAAAAUUGUUAAUCACCCAAGAGAACGCUGGAUUGUCUAAGAUGUCGGUUUCGAACGUUUCCAGGCGAACAGUUCUGAUGUAA